AUGGAGAUUAUUUUGAUGGCAAUAUUGAUAUCAGGAGUAGAGUAUGCAAGCGCAGACAUUCAUUACGUUGGAGGAGCAAAGAACACUUGGGCUCCCAAUGUCAACUUCUCUCAUUGGUCCUCUCUCGAGCACUUUCACUUGGACGACUGGCUCUAUUUUGGAUACAACAAGUACCAAUUCAACGUAUUGGAGGUGAACAAAACAAGCUACGAGAGCUGCAAUGACAGAUAUUUCAUCACAAACGUAACAAAGGGAGCAGGGAGAGAUGUGUUCCAGCUCAAAGAGGCCAAAACCUACUACUUCCUAAGCAGUGGGGGAUAUUGCUUCCAGGGAAUGAAAGUGGCCGUCGAUGUCCUCGAUAUUCCGCCCGCAGCCCCUCCUCCUGAGCCGGUCAGAAACAGCUCUCCGGAGUCGGUUUCCGUCGGCCACAUCACUCCCUUAGUGCUGCUGCUUGUUGCCAACGCAUGGCUGUGGAAUUUUGUCAUUUGA